CCACACCUCUACACCCACCCGUAUUCCGUCUCUCUCUCGAAUGGCUGCCACCAAAGACGUGCAUGCCCAACGCGAGGCGCUACUGGCCCAGGCUGCUGCUGCUCUGGAUGGACGGCCUGGACUGUACAAGCGUGGAUGGGCGAUGGCUGGUGUGGAUGAUGCGGCGGAAGAGGCAACAGGCGUGAGGAUCAUGCAGUUCAAUGUGCUCGCUGACGGCCUCUCGGGCCUGCAGGAGGAGCGUGGUGGCUUUUACGCGGCGCCUGAAGGCUCACUUCAGUUUGAGACCCGCAAGUGGCGGCUGCUGGAGGAAGUUUUGCUUGCUGAUCCCGAUGUGCUGGCCAUGCAGGAGGUCGAUCACUUUGCCGACUGGUUUGAGCCCAUGCUCGCAAAGGUGGGCUACGAGGGCGUGUUCCUCAAGAAGGCCAACUCGCCCUGUCUUCAGUUCUGCGACCUGGAGGAUGGCGUAGCUCUCUUUGUACGCUCGUCCAAGCUGCGACUGGCAGCUGUCGAGCAGAUCAGCUUUCCGGACGCAAACCAGGUUGCGCUGCUGGCCCGCGCCGAGCUACCCGAGUCCGGCCGGGCGCUGACCCUGGCGGUCACCCAUCUCAAGGCCACAAAGUCUGCCGAGGGCGAGAACAUCCGCGAGGGCCAGGCAGUGCAUCUUUUGGCCAAGGCCAAGGCGUUUAUGCAAGCCGGUGCCGGCGAUGCCCCGCUGGUGGUCUGCGCCGACCUCAACGCCGCGCCGCACGACGCCAAGUAUCCUGCCAAGGCUUGGCGCGCCAUGAUGGCUGCCGAUCUAGAGUUGGCAUCGGCCUACGGCGGCCGGAGUGCCGACUCUGAGCCUGCGUACACAACAUGGAAGCUACGCCCAGGCAAGGAGGCCAAGCACACCAUCGACUACAUAUUCUACCAGCCGGCCGCCCUCACCGUCUCCUCCACUCUGGCCAUCCCAGCCGAGGACGUCGUUGUCGACGUCCGCCUCCCGUCAUGGGAGUAUCCUUCGGAUCACUUUGCCCUUGCAGCCGAUUUUAUCUUCGCGCCCUCGUCUAUGGCUGCCGACGUCUAAGUUGAAGCAAUCGCCCCCCC